UCAUGGCCCUCCUCACGGGAUGGAAAAACAUGAUUUAGGUGGCGUAAAUGAUUUAGGAGCCCUCAGCCAGGCACAACAAGCGGAUCUGAACCAAUUUAAGAUAAAAACUAGAAUUGGGAAUGAAAAAUAUUUAAGAGAACAUCCUGAAGUUGAAUGGUCCAUUGCUGGGUUUUUGAGCGAUGUUCUUAUGAAACGUCCAGAAAGCAUUAGAGAAUUUGCUGCAGAAUAUUUUACCAAUCCCACACUUCCAGAUAAGGUAGAGAAACAGUUAGCCAUUCGAUUAGAAAAACUGAAACAAAACAGAGUAAUACAGAGUCUUACUUAGAUGAAAUCUGCAGUGUUUUCAUUUAACUCAAAAACAAGUAGUAAUGUUCAUAUGAUGAAACAUGCAUUCCAAGUUUUCUUUCGUUGUUUUACAAAUGAUUUUCCAGAAUUCUUUGUUGAUUUAUAUUCAUAUACAUUGACAAAAUAGGUAGUUAAUAUGUAGUCUUAGCUUUUCAUAUUUUAAGCUACAUUACCUGAAUCAUUUCACCUGUACAGUUGAUGAAAUUAAAGACAUUCAAUGCGCAAACAGCAUAAUUUUCUUUGAUGACCUUUUAGUACUACUAGGUACAGUUGAAAAAUGUAUUAGUGCUUUUUGCGUCAUUGAAGGCUAAGAACCACUGCUGCUAGACAUUUUAACUAUUUUUUUUUUAAAUUUAAUUGUUAUAUCACGUGAGACUUACAUUCAAAAACAGCAACUUACAUUUAUCUU